AUGCUUAACUGCUGCAUAACCCAAGAGAGCCAUUCCUCCAACGACACAGUGCUGGACUCUUCAGAGAAGCUCCACACUGUUCUGAUCGUCCUGUACAUCAUCAACCUGGCUGGUGGCACCCUGGGGGUCAUCAUGAUGGCCCAGCUGUUGUUUCAAAGGAGAUCCCAGUCUGUGAUGACCAUUACAAUCACCAGCCUCCUGGUCCUGCACAGCUUCAUGCUCCUCAGCAUCCCCUUCCGCCUCAGCUACUACAUCUCGGGGGUGUGGAAAUUCGGGAGGUUUGCGUGCAGGCUGACGAGCGCCAUCAUCUACCUGCACAUGUACGCCACCUUCGCCUUUUACGUGGCCAUCAUCAUCGCCCGCCUCCUCCGGCUGGAGUUUCGGAAGUGCUACACCGCAGCCUGGGUGGGGGCUGUCUGGCUGCUGGGAGCGCUGGUCAUCACGCCCGUUCUCCUCUCCUACUACGGCACCUCGAAGACAUACCGCUCCUCCGAGUGCUUCCAGUUCCACAGGGAGCUGCAGGAGGCUCACAUGGUGAUCGCAAACUACUGCCUGGUUGGGGUUCUGGUGGCGGUGUGUGCCGUGCUCACUGGAAUCCAGCUGACUGUGAUCUACAGAGUAGCUGUGAAAUACUGGCCUGACAUUAACUCUCAUGUGGAAUUCAGGGCUCAGGCAAAGAGCUUCUUCUUCAUCAUGGUAACGUUAGUCUGCUUCGUGCCUCAUCAUGUAUUCAGAGUAUAUUAUAUCCAAAACUAUAACCUUGAUAAAGACCAUAAACUACUCCUAUACAAUGAGGUUUUUUUAGCUUUAACAACGAUGUGCUGCCUGGAUAUGUUGUGCUUCAUAGCAGGAAUAGCCCACUGAACCAUGAACUACCAGGAAGUCCAGCUGCAGCAUGUCAAUACUGGCUGUUUAGAGAAACAAAACUGUGUUGUGAUUUUCCAGAACUAGGAAGACUGGUGAGUUCAUGGCAUGUCUCUAUAGGUCUACAGCAUUGUUUGGCUUUUGCAGGCCACUAAGAUUCCUUUUUCACAAGCUACUCUUUUUUCAUCUUCUCUCUAGAAAGCAGACACACCUGAGUCUUACUCUAGUCUUGACCUAAGAGUCAUGCCCUGAAGCUUCAUUAAUAUUUUUCUUAUGUUCUUCUCCAGUAAUUACAGCACAGGUAUCCAUUCCUUUGUAUUUUUUUUCCUCAAAGUGUCUCAGUAACUACAACCCACUGUGGCCAAUAAGUUGUCUUCUCUGAAGGUCUAACUUCUUCUGGCAAUUGUGACACUGAAGGGAAGAGAUGGAAGAAAGAAAUUCCUUUACAGGAUACUUGUACUAGUGAUUUUAG